AUGCGCCAUUUUGAUACGAUGGCAACGAUUUGUUCAUGUUCAAUGAGUGCUUUUUCAGUUAAAAAAACAAAACCAAGAAAAUAUGUUUCAAGAAGUCCACUUAAAUUACCUGCUGAUGAAUUAUAUCAUGAGUUAGGUCCAAAAUAUGGAUUAAUUGAUGUAAAAGUUGCAGAUCGAAAAAUUGCUUUUGAUAUUGAGAGUGGUGAUUGGAAUACAGCCAAUGCCGAAGCGCUUGGUGGAAUUUCAAGUAAUACUGCACAGAAAGUUCGAAAACAAGUUGAAGUAUUGCAAGAAGAAAACAAUAUGUUAAAACUCAAAGUUGAAGUUUUAUUAAAUCUUGUAGCAGAAUCUAUUGCGGAAAUAUCAUCGACUUAA